CCCUGCUGUCUCUGAGCCAGGCCUCUCCAAAGAAGGCAUCCAGAAGUCACGAGCCCGUACCCCCGCUCGGCUUGGGCUCUCCCUCCCACGCUGCAGCCCAGGGAAGACCGGAUGGCUUCACUGUGCCCAGGUCUCACCAGAUGGCCCUCAGGACCCAAGCUCCGUGGCCUCUGCAGGUGUCCCCCGAGGGGAGGGCUGCUGCUGGAGCCGGCAGAGCCAGGCGGAGAGCGGCCUCCUCAGCUUCAGGCAGCAGAAGCAUCUGUCCAGAGCCCCACAGCUGUGGGCCCUGCGAGCGUGGGCGGGAGGGGCCGUGCCCACAGCUGGCCCCGCCACUUGGCUGGCAGCGCAUGGGUUCCUGCCGGGCUCAGGGGGCCCUUUCCAAGCAGUUGCUGGUUGAGAAGACUACAGACUCCCCGGCGGCAGAGUUCUCGCUGGUGGAGGACGUGGCCCUGCACUUCGCCUGCUUGAUGGGCCGCCUGAACGAGCAGCGUCUCUUCCAGCCAGACCUGUGCGACGUGGACCUCGUGCUGGUGCCCCAGCGUAGCGUGUUCCCCGCACACAAGGGCGUGCUGGCUGCCUACAGCCAGUUCUUCCACUCCCUCUUCACACAGAACAAGCAGCUGCAGCGGGUUGAGCUGUCUCUUGAGGCGUUGGCGCCCGGUGGCCUGCAGCAGAUCCUGAACUUCAUCUACACAUCCAAGCUGCUGGUGAACGCAGCCAACGUGCACGAGGUUCUCAGUGCGGCCUCGCUGUUGCAGAUGGCGGACAUCGCAGCCUCCUGCCAGGAGCUGCUGGACGCUCGAUCCCUGGCGCCCUCAGGCCCCGUGGCCCUGGCACAGCCAGCUGCCAGCUGCACCCCAGUUCCCCCACCACCCUACUACUGUGACAUCAAGCAGGAGGCAGACACCCCGGGCCUGCCGAAGAUCUAUGCCCGAGAGGGCCCUGACCCCUACUCUGUGCGUGUGGAGGAUGGGGCGGGGACCUCUGGGGACUCUGCUGCUCCUGGGCCAGCACAGCCACUCCUCUUCAAGGAGGAAAAGGAAGGGGCACCCGAGGAGGCCGAGGCCCCUGGUAGCCUGUGCAAGCUAGAAAGUGGAGAGGGUCUGGAGCCAGAAUUGGGUGCCUCGGGCACCUAUGGGCGCCAGGAGCAGUCACAGAUCAUUGUAGAGGUGAACCUCAAUAACCAGACACUUCACGUGUCCACCGGAGCCGAGGGCAAGCCAGGCUCUGGGGCCACCGUGGUGCUGGGCCAGGAGGAUGGCAUGCAGGGACAUUCAGAAGAGGAGGGAGGAGGAGGGAGUGGAAGGGGGGAGGAGGGGGAGGAGGAGGAGGAGGAGGAGGAGGAGGACGGAGGCAGCCAGGGAGAGGAGGAGGAAGAUGAGGAAGGACCCAGCGAGCAGGAGGAGGAAGAUGAGGAGGAUGGGCCCAGCGAGCAGGAUGCAGAGAGUUCGGAGGAAGAGCGGGAGGCUGAGGGCAGGCCCUUCCCUAUGGGUCCUGCAGGGUGUCAAGACAGCCAGGAGGACCCUCCGCUGCACAGCCGCAUGUCCACACGGUCCCGGGGACAGAACACUCAGCGCCGAACCACUCCGGAGCCAGAGGAGGCCGGGCGUAGAGGGGGGGGGAGGCCCAAGGCCUCUGGAGCUGUUCCUGCAACCCAGGCAGCUGAUGGGCUGGGGGCCAAGGUGAAGCUGGAGGAGAAACAGCAGCAUCCAUGCCAGAAGUGCCCUCGGGUCUUCAACAACCGCUGGUACCUGGAGAAGCACAUGAACGUGACCCACAGUCGCAUGCAGAUCUGUGGCCAGUGCGGGAAACGCUUCCUGCUGGAGAGUGAGCUGCAGCUGCAUCGCCAGACAGACUGCGAGCGGAACAUCCAGUGCGUAACGUGUGGCAAAGCCUUCAAGAAGCUCUGGUCCCUGCAUGAGCACAACAAGAUUGUGCACGGCUACGCAGAGAAGAAAUUCUCCUGCGAGAUCUGUGAGAAGAAGUUUUACACCAUGGCACAUGUGCGCAAGCACAUGGUCGCCCAUACCAAGGACAUGCCCUUCACCUGUGAGACCUGUGGGAAGUCCUUCAAACGCAGUAUGUCACUCAAGGUACACUCGCUGCAGCACUCGGGGGAGAAGCCUUUCCGCUGUGAGAACUGCAAUGAACGCUUCCAGUACAAGUACCAGCUGCGCUCACACAUGAGCAUCCACAUUGGCCACAAGCAGUUCAUGUGUCAGUGGUGUGGCAAGGACUUCAACAUGAAGCAGUAUUUUGAUGAACACAUGAAGACCCACACAGGGGAGAAGCCAUAUAUCUGUGAGAUCUGUGGCAAGAGUUUCACCAGCCGCCCCAACAUGAAGCGGCACCGGCGUACCCACACCGGAGAGAAGCCCUACCCAUGCGAUGUAUGCGGCCAGCGCUUCCGCUUCUCCAACAUGCUGAAGGCACACAAGGAAAAGUGCUUCCGUGUCAGCCACCCACUGCCCGGCGACCCUGCCACCCUGCCCGCCACACAUCUGCAGCCCACAGCCCCGCUCUUCCCCGCUGCAGCUCCCAGGCUGGACACCAACUGACCCCCAGCACAGGCCCUCAGGCCAGGGACAACAGAAACACAGGCUAUGCUGCAGUCAGAUGCCCCGGCGUUGGGUCCUGGUGCAUGCUGGGAUGUCCCUUUUGCAGCUCUUACUCCUUGCAGGUUUUACUCCUUUUCUUUGGGAGUAAAGGAACUGAGAGGGACCGGUUGGCUACACCCCUCCAGGUGAGGGGUGCUGGAGACAACAGAUACAGGGCAGGAGGGGCUCUGGGCUGCAGACAUGGCCAUGAGCCAGGCAGGGCCUGGGUCAGCCUCACCUGUUCAUCCCAGCUUCCCUGUGUCCCUAACUUACUCCCUAGGAUGGGAGGGCUUGGGAAGAAUUUGGGUGCACCCCUGUUGAAGGAGUUGUGGACCGCCCCUCCCCUCAGGAGGCCUGUGGCCAGGGAGGCAUGGCAGGGUGGGGGAGUGGCAGGGUGUGAAGAUGGCAGACCCCCCUCUGUGUGGGGAAGGUGGGGGCUGGCCCCCAUAAGUUUCUUUUCCUAGUCACAUCCCUGCCAGGCAGGCUCAGGGACCCUCAGCCUGUGCUGGACUUUCAAGGAGCCCCCAAAUCCUGGAGCAAAUCUCUCUGGGUGCUGGGGACCAAGCCUUCAGGGGGGAGGGUCCUGCAGGAGAAUGAGCUCCCAGGGGUGGGCCCUACAGGAGCCUCAGGCAAGUAGUUCAGGGUUUCACGGUGCUAUCUGUGUGUCAGGGGACGAGGAGCUGUCCACAGGGCACCCCUGUCCCUCACCAGCCUGCCUGGCUGGACUCCCCCACCAGGAGACACGUGCAUCUGUGUCUGUUCCCCGGAGGCCCACAUGAGGCCUCCUCUUCUCCUGGGGCCAGGCCACUACCUGCCUCUGGCUGGCUCCUGGCCCCUCCUGCACUCUGCACUGUCUGGUGUGCCACAGCCCAGACAGGGAGAGAAGUCAGUGUGUUUAGACCCCUGUGGGAGCUCAGCCAGUGCCCAGUGCUUGCCCUUGGGAGGCAGGCAAUAAUAGGUGACCCUUCUCUGUUGUCAUUUACCGUCCUUACUCCUGCGUUUCAAUGGUUUCCAUAAGCUACAUUUCCGAGUUCUGGUCACCCCCACUGUUGAUAAGCUUCUGUUUGCCACGUUCUGCACCUUACCCCCGCCCAUUACCACCUCCCCAGCAUGGCCACACUGGGAAGAGGCCUGUGCCCAAGGGGACUGGCACAGGGUACCAGACCCCUCUGGCCUCAGAAACCCAUGGAGCUGGGACAGGGCUGGGGACAUUUUAAUCAUCAAUAAACGAUGCACUUUAUUCUGUACAGAUGUGGGCAGGCCCGAGGUGCCCUGCUGACUUGGCUGUCCUCUGGACUAGGAAGGACUGAGUGAUCAGGGACCCCGAUGUAGGCUUCCUUUCCCAGCCUGGAGAGUCAGGCUACAAACAUAGCCUCAGGUCCCUCUUGUGUCCACAGGGGAGACAGGUGGGACUUGUCUGAGAAAGGAAUGUUUCCCAUUUGGCUUGCAGACUCCUGCCUCACUGCCCAAGGUUUGGCUUCUAGCUCCUUCCCUGUACCUGUUGUUCCCCCCACUACCCUUGAUCUCUGGGCUUCCGAAAUGUCCUCAGGGACCCCUUCCCUGCCUCUCACUAUUUCUAACCUUUGGCCCCAGUGCCUGGCAGGCAGCUCUCCAGAGCUGGCUCACAUUAAAAAAAAAAUGACCUCAAGGGUUCCCUAUCCUUCUUGUCACUUGCUGGCCCUGGUGGCCUUCAUGGGGCCAGGACCCUGGUCUGUGUGGCCAUUCUUCAGUAAGCAGCAAUCUGAAGGGUAGGGUGUGGGGAUGAAACCCUGUCCCAGGCGUUGGGUUUCAUACACACCCUCCCCCAGGGGCCAGACAGGUUCUGGGCACUGGCUGGGAUGGUUGCUGUGUGGAAGGUGGGCACAGCCCUCUCCCUAAGGCCGCUGUGUGCCUGGUGCUGCUUGUUCCACCCUGCCCACAUGGAGCGCCCCCCCCCCAUGCUUCUCCAUGCCCUCCCUGGAAUUGGGGUUCUUGCCUCACCAGCUUUUAUGCUUUAUUUUUAAAAAGAUAGGUCAAGUUGCUGAAUGUUGGUAUGAGGGAACUGAGCAUCGUGACGAUUUCCCAAGCCUACCCAAGAGACAGCGGCCUUGGGACCAUCACCUCUGGGGAGACUUGCUGGGGUCUCUUGCACAACUGGACUUGGUAGGCCCAGUCCUGGGCCUGUUCCUCUGAGGUGAAGCAAGCUGCUCUGGUCUUGGAGCAGUUGUUUCAGAGUCUCCAUGGAGGCGUGGUGGGCUCUGAACCCAGGGAUGGCCACCUCCGUAUGCCCUCACAGGGGUCUAGGUGGUGGCAAGAAGGCCAGACACGGAUGUGUGGAGCCUUAGUGUCCGGUUGUAUAUGACAUCCCCAUGGUCCCACGGUGCGUACAGUAGGCAUUUGAGGGAGAGGAGAGAUGGGGGAAUAAACUCAGUACUGCUCCUGG